GGAUUCGGUUCAACGAAGCAGAACUCACAGUAAUGGAAUAAAGCACCAUGCAUGAUACAUCGCAGAAAUAUUAUAGCGGUAAGUCUACAUAAAUGUUUAUCUCUCAAAUGUUGAAGAGGUAACAUUAUAACAUGCUGCUGUUUUAAGCCUGAUAAAGUAGGCUCCUGCACGUGGCACAUAAAUUUCCUAAUGAACACAAGAAAUUGUGUUGAGAACGGGAAGAAAAACAAAUAAGUAUUGCAAAAUUAGUGUAUGAAUGGAUAGUAACGUUGGCUGAAGCAUUUGUUAUACAUAUUCUUGCAGAAAAUACACGAAAUUGUCUGAUUAAAUGAAAACGGUCUAUUUUUAUACAAAAAAAAUGUCAUUAUGUACUUCCCAGCCGAUUUCGGCUAUGGUGACUACUUUCAAUUAUUGUUUACAGAGGAGCUAAGGUGUUCAGCUCUUCUAUGCACCCUUUGAUGGCUGCAGUACCCUAUUUUAAGUGUAAAUAUGUAAUGUAAUAAAAAUGAAGGUGUUUAUCUGAAAAAGUUAUUUAUUUGAUUUAAAGAUGGCAAAAAAUUGUAGAUGUUGCUGGGAUUUUAGUAGUUCCAAUAGUUUGUUAAAAGCCUGUAAGUAUAUCGUUCGUACAGAUUUAAGAAUUGACUAAAAUUACCGUUAAAGGUACCUACUUACAAAGUUAAAAUUAUUUAAAAAAGAAGGUCAACUCAUACCACGGCUAAGUAUCUGUAUUAUGUGAACAUAGGCACAAGGUGCAUCGAGCGCGCAGGUGCGGACGGGGGUGCAGCCUGCGCAGUAAGUAAUACGCAGUCCGCCGCAGCCUCCCGCACGCCCCGCAUCUGUAAGCUAUCGGCCGGUGGCGACGUUAAUGCACCAGUAUCAGUGGAAGGCGUAGGCCGCGCAGUAGCGUAGUUGUUAGUAGAACCAAGAAUAAAGUUUUGUGUGGUGACAUUCGACAACAAAGCGGAAGUAAGUGUUGCGUAUAAUUAUCAAUUAAGUGAUUUAAUAUUAUAAAACUAGUGCGUCAAUAUAAUAAGAUGGACGAUGAUGAUAAUGUGGGGGCAUAUGUUGAAAUAUUGGAAUCAGAAUAUUGUGGUCCUCUUGUACCUGAUGUUCUCCCAGAGGAGGGGUUGGCGAUCCCAGACAGCACUAUCUUGGUAGAUCAAUUGCACAAAGAAGAAACUCUGGCAAUCCCAGGCGUCAGUGUUACAGCCAGUCAAUGGGACAAAAAACAAUCUGUGACAAUUCGAACGUCGGCCAAUCAAAUAGCGACAGAAACAUGUUCGUCAAUUCCGGGCUCCAGCACCUCGUCUAAUCAAAGGCAAAAAGGAAAAUCUCUUGACAUUCGAAGCUGCAGCACGUCGGGCAAUCAAAUUGAUACAUUGACAUCUCUGUCAAAUCCGGGCUCCAGCACCUCGUCUAAUCAAAGCCAAACAGGAAAAUCUCUUGUCAUUCGAAGCUGUAGCACGUCGGGCAAUCAAAUUGAUACGGAAACGUCUCUAACGAUUCCGGGCUCCAGCACCUCGUCUAAUCAAAGGCAAAAAGGAAAAUCUCUUGUCAUUCGAAGCUGCAGCACGUCGGGCAAUCAAAUUGAUACAUUGACAUCUCUGUCAAAUCCGGGCUCCAGCACCUCGUCUAAUCAAAGCCAAACAGGAAAAUCUCUUAUCAUUCGAAGCUGUAGCACGUCGGGCAAUCAAAUUGAUACAUUUACAUCUCUUUCAAUUCCGGGCUCCAGCGCCUCGUCUAAUCAAAGGCAAACAGCAAAAUCUUUGAUCAAUCGAAGCUGCAGCACGUCGGGCAAUCAAAUUGAUACAUUGACAUCUCUGUCAAAUCCGGGCUCCAGCACCUCGUCUAAUCAAAGCCAAACAGGAAAAUCUCUUAUCAUUCGAAGCUGUAGCACGUUUCCGGGCUCCAGCACCUCGUCUAAUCAAAGGCAAAAAGGAAAAUCUCUUGUCAUUCGAAGCUGCAGCACGUCGGGCAAUCAAAUUGAUACAUUGACAUCUCUGUCAAUUCCGGGCUCCAGCACCUCGUCUAAUCAAAGCCAAACAGGAAAAUCUCUUAUCAUUCGAAGCUGUAGCACGUCGGGCAAUCAAAUUGAUACAUUUACAUCUCUUUCAAUUCCGGGCUCCAGCGCCUCGUCUAAUCAAAGGCAAACAGCAAAAUCUUUGAUCAAUCGAAGCUGCAGCACGUCGGCCAAUCAAAUAGCGACAGAAACAUCUCUGUCAAUUCCGGGCUGCACCACCUCUGGCAAUCAAAGGCAAGUAGGAACAUCUGUGGCCAUUCCAGGCUGCAGCAACUGGGCACAAGACGGUGACUCGGAUCAAUCUCUGGCAAUUGCAGGCUGCAGCACCUGGAACACGGACGGUGACUCGAAAAAAUCUCUGGCAAUUCCAGGUUGCAGUUCCUGGGCCUAUGAAAGCAAUGUAACCUCGGUCAAUCAAAGGCACAAAGGCAAAGCUCUAGAAUUUGCAGGCAGGAGCACAUCGGCCAAUCAAAUGGAUACAGAAAAAUCUCCGGCAAUUUCAGGCCGUAGUACCUCAUCCAAUCGAAUUGACAAGGGAAAGUCGCCGGCAAUCCCAGGCUGUAGUACCUCAAGUAAAGCAAAACGCACAAAAACAACUCUGGCUACCCCAGGCUGCAGUAGUUCGAAGACGGUGGCUAUAAUUCCGCGUCACGAGUUGCCACAAGAGGGUACUGCGCAUGAGGUCACGGUGCAAUGUGCAAACUGCUUGAAAAAAGAACAUGCAGAUGAUUAUGAUGUUGAUGAUUAUGCCUAUCAGUAUCAACAACACAAAAAGAAAAAGUACCACAUCGAGGUUAAGAAUUCGCAUGAAAUGCAGAAUAUUACUAAGGAAGAAUUUAAUGACCUUUGCUUAAAUUAUAUCAUCAAUACUCUGAUACCUUUGCAAUAUGUUAUCGACCCACAGUUUGUAAAUUUCAUGCAUUAUAUGAACAUACCUAAACCAUAUUUGUAUCAGCUAGAAUAUCGGCAUAUAAAACGUGAUUUAAAUAAAGAAUAUGAACGUCAACUAAAAGAAUUAAAAAAUAUAAUAAUCAAUACUGACUAUGUAUGUACGUCUAUGGACUUGUGGAAAAAUGCCAGAUAUUAUUUUCUAUGCGUGACUGCGCAUUGGAUAACGGAAGAUUUUCAUCGGGUUUCAGUAGCAUUGGCUUUAAAGGAUGUUGGAGAGUCCGAUUGCGACGUGAAUAAUUUGAGAGCGUAUGCAAAACAGGUAUAUACACAAUUUGGAUUGUUGAAUGCUGAUAAAAAUAAUGCUGAACCAAUUCUCGACGACUUCAGAAGUAUUGUACGGGGAUAUCAGGCUUACGGCCUUUCUAUUGAUUCCUAUGAAUGUGGAGAGGCUGCGUUGAUGUAUUACAUCCUAGAACAACCUGAUGACACAGAGUCGAUCGGCAACAUGCAGAUGUGGGUCCGGGACGAAUACCUUACUGAAUAUAAUUCUUAUGCCCGGCUUGACGAUGUUACCUGCAGUAGCCGUAAAUUAAGAUUGACUUUAACCCAUGAUAUUAAGAAAAAUGCCCCUUGUGUAAUUAUUGAGCAUCAUACUACGGUCAUGGAUAAGUGUUGCCACCUGUGGCGUGCAGCAGGGUGUAAUAAAAAUACUGAAAUAUUCCAUCGGGUUUUAGGCCAAAAUUUGAUGCGGCCAAAUUCAUACAGCUUGUUUAGCCUUUAUGAAGCAUUAAUGCAAAUAUUAUCCAUCAGAGGAAAGUACCUAGAAUUGCACAAUGCCUUAGGAUUUCAGCAUGAAGUCAUGACCGAUAAAAAUUUCCAAUACAUAGAAGAACAUUUAGAAUGCGCUAUGCCAAUAAUGGAAACAGUUGAAUUAUUAGGUGCAAAUAAUAAUUAUUACGGCAAUGUUCUGCCACGGCUUACAGCCUUGAUAACAACUUUAGCAGAUUUAGAACAAAGUGAUUUACUCUACGGGAAACAUUUGGCAGCAUUAUUUAGAAGGAGUAUAUUAAGCAGAUUUGAUUCCAUUAUCUCAGGGAAGGGACCCAUCGCACAACACGCUGCCAUAGCUGCAAUUUCGUGUCCUAUGUAUAAAGAUAAUUGGAUGGACUUUUACCCUGAGUCGUAUAGGCGAGUAAUACACCAAAGAUUUGCGAUUCUAAUUUCUAAUAAACUAAGUAGGGAACAAUCGGCAUCGGCAAACUCCCUCUUAACAGAAGCUAAGUCAAUAAUGGAAAAUUAUUUAAGGGACGGACGGGAAGAUAUAACCACCUUAAAUAGUUACCCAGAAAUAAAAAAAAUAUUCUUUGAAUACAAUACCUUUUUGGCGAAAGCUAAGCCCUUGAAUGAGCUCUUCAAUUUCCAAGACAUAGUAAAUUUGAUGCCUGACUUUGGUGAUGACGAACCAAAUAAGCUACAGAGAAUAUUUUUGAAAUAUAAUUUCCAGAGUAUGCAGUUGCUCAGGUUGGAAAGUGUCGUCAGUUCAGAUUAAAUUCACACUGGCUUUACGCUGAGGUAAAACCAUUUUCUGGUAAAAUUUCAUAAUUGUACAAUCCUUACUUUUUGUUACCCCUUUUUUUAUAAAUGACCGAAGUAUUGUUAUAAAUUUUGCUGUCAGUCAUGUGACUUUUCGAUCAUAAAAUUUAUCAAACGUAUUAAUACGUAGACAUCUAGAGUAAGUUAUUAAGAGGAAGGGUUACUGUGCACGGCGCGUAGCUGUAUACACGAUGCUUAUGGGUAGCGAACGUUUUCAGUCAUUUACUUCAAAUUUCCCAGCCGCUCUUGCCAUUUUUUACAAGCUUGGAAGCCAAGCUACAAGCAGUUGUACACUAAUCGUAUAAUGCCGAAUACGCAUCUAUGAAGCUACGCCUCCGUGGACAGUGCCCCGAAGUGUUAGUUUAAAAGUUUAUUCACGUGGCGUACCCUCGAUAACAAUUCCCAUUUUGGUAUAGGAAGCCAAAAAUCUAUAAAAAUCCAAAGCAUGUAAUGUUAUUCACUUAUAAUAAUAUUUAUUCGCAACCUUAAUGUGAAGCUUUUAGUUACUCGAGAACUUUAAAACGAGAACAAAAUUGCAAAUAAAAAAAAAGCUGUAUGAGUUUGUUGCGCAAUCAAUGGUUCUCUUGUGACAGUGCUUUUGUAGGCCGAUUCCGAUUUUUUACCGUAAGUCAUGGCAAAUCUUCGUGUAUACAAUUGUCUUCUUAAUGUUCUUCAUAAGUAGUAGUGGUGAUUUUAUUCAGAUGUGAUGUAUAUCGAGAAGGGUAUUUAGGGUUGUCAUAGGUCUUUAGACCUCGUUCAAAACGAUUUUACCUAUUUAUUACUUAGGUACCGUUGCAUCGACGCCUUGUAUGUAUAUCUUUUGCAAUCUUUGGUUUAAUGCAAUUGGACAAAGGGUAAAAUGUUAAACAAUUAAAAGUAAUUAAGCUUUUUAAAUUUAACGCUUAAGUCUAAUAUAAUAGCAUUUUGACCGCCACCAUAAACAAGAUUUGAAAACAAAAGGUGUAAUUUUUCUCAGUCGUAAACAUUCGUAGCUGUUUCAAAUAAUUUCGAUCAAAUGUGUUUAACAAUCCCCAAGACCGAAAAGGCUUAAGAUAUUUCAUUACUAUAUCAUAAUGAUUACCUUCUGGCAUAAGGCCACCUCCGGCGGUGUUAAAGCGCCACAUAUGCUCUACCACUGUGCCAGCGAUGUAACACAAUCCUAUAAAAUUAAAUGAGCCUGGCACAGUGUCUCCGGCGCCCCAGUCCGCCCCAGCGGUAGCGGCGUAGGCGUGGCUUUGCGGUCAAAACCAUUGAUGAUAAAUUUUGAAUUGCAAAUUCAAUUUUUUUAUUAUUUUAGUUUUUACUACAUUAAUGUAAGGAAUGUGAUGCCUAUUUUUAUAGAAAAGUGUUAAAAUACUUAUACUAUUGAUAUACAUUACUUCGGUACUCGUUUACGAGAUUUAGUAGCUAUCUACAUCUGUAUCAACUAUCUAUUGAUGUUAGGAAAUAAGAAGUCUUUACAUUUUUAUGUGUAUUA